GUGUACCUUAUGUAUACAUAUACAUGUAAAUUGAUAUACAUAAGUCUUACUCAACACACACAUGUCACCUUUCAUACACCACAGACCACACCAUGAAAACGUUACGAGUUACAGUUACAGUUCACAGUUAACAGUGUGUGAUGUGAUUUACGAGUAAUGGCAAGUAUAUACCAAGUGUACAUAUAAUAUCGUAAACAAGACCGAAUGGAUUUAACCUCCACGUUUAUUGAUAAAAAUACGAUUCCAAAUAUAUUUUAUUUGUAGUGAAGAAAAACAGCAUCUAUCGUUUGUAAGAAAAACAGCAAUCAUAUAAAUAUAUUAGUAACAAUAAUUAUUGGAGAAGUUAUAACAAUUGAAUUGCUAUUUUUUAAGUACGCCAUUUCCAUUAGUUACUUAUUAGAUAGAUGAGUUUUCAAGACAGUCUCUUUGCAGAAGAGGUCGAAUACGACGUAACAUUAUUUGCCAAAAAUAAUACUCGUAAGAGAGUACUUGUUUUUCCACCGGUUAAUAAUUACAAAAGGUUCUUAAUUCACUCGAUUGUGCAAAACAAUUUUCAAGAACUUAGUACUUUUUCUAUUGGGCAAGGAUACGAGAGGAGGACUGUCGUUUAUUUCAAGGGAGACUUAAUGAAAGAGUUUCAGUUGGAUGGUGUCCAAUCAAGAAACAAAAGUGAGCUUGAAACUUUGAAAUCUAAUAUGGGUGUUGAGGGACCUUUAACAUCUAUCGAUAAUUCUAAACAAAAACCAGUUAAAUCAACCCCAGCUGUUGAAAUUUACCGGCCACCAGCAGCUAGAAGAUUACAAACUCCAACUACCUCUACAGAAUCAUCACAAACAAAAACGAAACAAAGACGACCAGAUCGAGCAGUAUAUGUCCCAAAACAGCGUCGAAGUGUCGAUGAUUCACAAAAUGAAAAUCCAUCGACGAAAAACACUCGAAGAUCUAAAUCUGCGAAAUCUCUUUCAUCUGAACCCACAGAGGAAAAUUCCAGUCAAAUCAAUUCCGUUGAGAUUAAAAAUUCAGCGAAUGCGGAAACUCUCACGGCCAAAGAAGUCGCUGACUUGGAUGUUAACUCGGAAGUAAAAAUAGAAGAAGAAAACGUAGAAGUAGAAGUUGAGUCAGAGUCACUAGAUAGUUCAAACUUAGAAGGGCAUUUUAACUCUGAGAAGUGUAUUGAAGACACAGAAAUGUGUGAGGAUAAAUUAAACGUUGAAGAUGGCUUAGACAAGCAGAAAUGUAGUAAUAUUAUUAAGCCGAGAAACUUAGUAUCGGAUGUUUUAAUAAUAUCAACAGGUAAUAAUACCGAGAGUGCAAUUGUUAGUAAGAAGGAGGAAGUUGAUCAGGAAAAUGAUGGCUUAUCAUCGACGACAAACGUCUCGCCGUUGAGACUACCGGAAAAAAAACCGAAGAAAGUUGCCAGGACUAAGAGCAAACCUGCGUCACCUCCGUCACCGCCAGUUAAAAUAAACCGCGAUGAAUGCGAUUGGGACAGUCUCUUUGAUGACAAUGGCGAGUGCUUGGAUCCCACAUUAAUUGAGGAGUUGACGGAAGCCGUGGGAGAAGUGACGAUAGAGCAACCAAAAAACGACUACAAAGCAUUUAGUAGACCUGUCGAGGUAUCUAACGACGAAUUUGGGCAUGUUGUAGAAAUUUACAACUUUCCAUCAGACUUCAAGACAAGUGAUCUUGCAACCGUGUUCAGUCCUUUCAAGAACGGUGGUUUUGAACUCAAGUGGGUCGAUGACACUCAUUGUCUGGGUGUAUUUAGUAGUCCUCUCGUAGCUGCUGAAGUAUUGGCAUCAGAUCAUGCUUUUGUUAAAACACGUCCUCUGAGUGAAGCAACGGCUUUGAGCAAAACAAAAGCCAAAAGGAGCGCUGAAUUUUUACAACCUUACAGAAGUAGACCUGAAACAUGUGCAGCGCUUGCUAGACGGCUCGUUACUGGGGCUCUUGGUGUGAGAUUGGCAACUGCUAGACAAGAAAGAGAACACGAGAAAGUUGUAUUGCGUGAAGCUAAGGAGCGGCGCAGAUUGGCUGCCAAACAACGUGAAGAUAUUUGGGAAGGUAUUAUUGCCCAAAAAUGAUGAUAAUUAAUUGUGGUAUUUCAUAAAUCGGUAAAUUUCACAUUUUAAACUUAAGAAAUAAUUAAAAAAGAAUUUUUAACUAUUUGACAGUUAUUGACUUAGUUUUAAAACUACAAAUCAGUAACAAUAAAAAUAAUAAUAAUGAUUAUAGUAAUUGUUUAUGGAUAAUUUUAAAGUGUGAAAUUUAAUAUCAAUGUACAAUUAAGUGUACACAUAUGUGCCUUACUCAUCUUAAUUAACUUAGUAAUUAAGUUUCACAAAGCGGAUUGUUUUUUUUUAUGAUGGAAAAAUAUCCAUGUUUUUUUUUUGCCAGUAGAUGAGUGUGGCAGUAUUUAUUUAAUUGCAAUGUUAGUAAAUCAAAGAUGAUAUUUUAAAUAACUUAUUAACGUAAAUAAACAAUAAUAUUUAAAAACUAUCGAGAUAAACUAGAAAGUAAUUUGAUAAAAGUAUCAAUUAUCUGUUUAGUAUGCAAAGUUAUAUACUUUAUAAGAGUUUAAAUGCAGCGCGUUUAUUUAAAAACGCCUGAUGUAAUGUUGGAAAAAGGUAAUAGAGAAAAAAUUUAUUAAAAGUUUCAUUUUUACCUCAAAAAACUGCCUCUGAUAUAUCACUAGUAUCAUAAUAAUAUACUAUUAAUAAUAAAUAGACAAAUUAAUAGCCAAAAUGUUAAAUAUCUACGACAAUAAAGCCUGAAAAAGUAUAAAAUGGACAAAGUAACUAUAAAGCCACUAGAUCUCUUGUUAAGUAAACUUUAAAGGUAUACAACGAUUUAAUGUUAAUUUGUGUUGCGUAGUUUAAUGUAUCUUUUCUUUAAAUUAAAAAUUUUUUGAUCUAAAAAAAAAAAAAACUUUAUAAAUAUUACUGUACGUUUUAAAUAAUGAAAGUUUUGUAAUUUUAUUAAUUACAUGUUACGCACAAUCAAUAAUGAAAUGAUUGAUAAUCGCAUUACAGAUGUCCGGAAUGUU